UUAGCAAUCCACUUGCAUGUUUUUGCUGUACUCCUGCGAGCUGUGAAACCUAUUUGAGCGAGGGCUGCUUUUCCUUCAUUUCAGUGGAGCCUCUCCCAGCUAUUCUGGAGUUCUGAAAUUGAAGUUCCACCAGCCCCAGACGGCCAGGAUUGCUGAGAGCGGCAAUCAAGAAUAUCUGGUUUCUGAAGAGGGGUUGCCUGAACCAAGAAAGUGGCGACCGUUGAUCUGUCGGAAAUGCACAGACCCGCUUUGGUUGAUGAUAUUCUUUUUCUUUUGGACUGGUUUGAUGUUUGUAACUGGCUAUGUUUUAAUGGCUGGAGCUUCAGAAAGACUUAUAUUUGGAUAUGACAGCUAUGGAAAUGUAUGCGGUCGGAAAAAUGUUCCGGUGGCAGGUGCACCUUUUUCAGGACAGGAUAUGAGCAACAAAAAGUUUGUGUUCUUUUUGAAUUCUUGUGGCUCAGCAAUAAAGAAUCUUAAAAUCAGUUCUGCUGCAUUGUGUGUGUCGAGUUGUCCACAAGAACAGCUUAAUUCCAUAGAAGACGUUCAGCUUUUUGCAGAGAAUAAUGGUUCUUGCCUUUGUGUUUACAACUUGAAUGCUACCACCUGUGCCCUCAGUCAGAGAGCUGAUCAUCUAUGUCCUACCUUACCAGUUCCAGCAAGCGUGUCAUUCCCAUUGUUUAAUCGAUGUGUGCCACGAAAUGCUGACUGCUAUUCCCAGUUUGCACCCGUGUUGUUAGAUGUUGUUAACGAAGUGGAUAUUUUUCAUCGUAUUCUGGGUGGGCUGAUGGCGAGAAGGGAUACUGUCAUUGGUCUAUGUGUCCUUGCAUUGGCCUUCUCUAUAAUUAUGAUGUUAGCCUUCAGGUUCUUCAACUUGCUUGUGGUUCGAAUUGUUCUCACACUGCUUUUCUUUGGAUUAUUAUUUGUUUUGGGAGUUAUGUGGUGGCUGUAUUACAAUUACACCAAUGAACCCAGCAUAGAAUUAGAAAUUGAAAAGGAAAACAUGAAAUUAUUAUUGGGAUUUUCUAUUGUAUCUACAGUUAUUACGGCUAUCCUAAUAUUCCUGAUAUUGGCAUCAAGGAAGAGGAUUCAUCUGAGUAUACAGCUCCUUCAAGCUGCCAAUAAAAUGAUGGGCAACAUCCCUGCUCUGUUCUUUCAGCCCCUUUGGACCUUUAUAAUACUUAUUUUGUUCUGGGUGUACUGGGUGGCUGUGCUGCUGAGUUUAGGAACUGCAGGCAGUGCCCAAGUCAUUUCAGGAGGUCAAGUGGAAUACAAAACUCGAUUUGGUAUUCGCUACAUGUGGUGGUACCACUUAGUUGGGCUUAUUUGGACAAGCGAAUUCAUUGUAGCGUGUCAGCAGAUGACCAUAGCUGCAGCAGUAGUUACUUGCUUCUUCAACCGAAAUAAGAGCGAACUGCCAAGUCAUCCAGUCCUGUCUUCCAUAUCAAUUCUUUUUUGUUAUCAUCUGGGAACAGUUGUGAAAGGGUCCCUUUUAAUCACAAUAGUUAGAGUCCCAAGGAUUAUUCUGUUGUCUAUUUAUAACAUCCUGAAAACAAAGGAGAACGCCUGUGCCCGGUGCAUGUUGAAAUGCUGCUGUAGCUGUUUCUGGUGCCUAGAAAGAGGCCUAAGCCAUUUAAACCAGAAUGCAUAUACAGCCACAGUCAUAAAUGGGACAAAUUUUUGUACCUCAGCAGAAGAUGCUGCCCUUAUUUUAUCAAAGAAUUCCAUGAAUACAAUGGUAGUCAACUGCUUUGGUGACUUUAUCAUCUUUCUAGGAAAGGUGUUUGUGGUAUGUUUCACAGUUUUUGGAGGUUUGAUGGCAUUUAACUAUCACCGUGAACUACAUGUUUGGGUAGUUCCACUGCUGUUGGUUACUUUUUGGGCCUAUCUUGUAGCCCACUGCUUUCUCUCAGUAUAUCAAACAAUACUGGAUGUCCUAUUCCUUUGCUUUGCUAUUGACAUAGAAACAAAUGAUGGAUCUUCAGAGAAGCCAUACUUCAUGGACCAAGAAUUAAUGGUGAGCAGCCACAAAUGUGAAAUGCAAGGUGGAAACGUGAAGGAAUUUAGAUUAAUCUUUGGAUUAGGCCAAAGAUUUGUAAACUCACAUCAUGCGGUAGCUAAUCAGAUGCCAAACUAUAAUUCUUUAAAUGACAUUUUCGUCUCUUAUUUUAUUCAUGAUAUGAUGGAAUAGAAAUCAUUCAAGACAGGAAUUAAGCACCCAAUGUAUUUCAUACUGUGCGUAUACUACAGAUAUUUUUCACUUCUCCUUUGGUCCUUAUAUAUAGAAUGGUGUGAAAUGCCUAAAAAAUUAGUGUAUGAGUUUCAGUGCCCUGGUUUCUAGAGUCUUGCAAGUUCUUAAGGAAAUGCUUAUAUAUGAGGAAAUGCUAACCCUAAGAGAAGGUAGGGAGUUUGGAUGCCUAGCUUACUUGGCUCCAAAAAUCAAUGGCACCCAAUCCCAGAAUCCUUUCAGCCUGUAACCCUAUAUCCACUUAUCUGGAAGUAAGGCAUAUUCAACUCUAUGCAAGUUAUAUCUGAGUAGACAUAUGUACAAUUGUACAAAAAAUAGUUCUUCUUAAUCAUUUGCACAGUUCCCUGUGAGUUUCAUUCAGCAAAGAAUUGAAUUAAUAUUUAGUCAUUUUUUCCUAUUAACUAGAUCAUCUUUCAUGUAAACACUAAGGGCAUAGUCUAAAAUACAUAAGCCUAUGAACCUGGAGGUUCACGCGCAUCCAAUGUAUGGUGCAAAGAACGGUGGUGGGUGGUGAUCAUUUUCUUUGUUCUGCACCUUGUGCAGUGUACUUUAUCCCUUCAUUUUUGGCCAUUUACAUGAAAUCCCAUAGAGGGAAGGGAAAUGAAGUUGUGCCUCUGUUUGGUUACAGCAUAAGCUGUCAGUCACAACCUAUUCCCUGCCUGACAUGUCCCAUUUCCUCCCCUGUGAGGCCAGUUUCUCACACUGGGGAACAACCAGCAUUGUUCUUUCUAUACCAAAUGCAAAAGGUGGGGGACAAAGGCUUAGUAUUUGCAGUAUUUGAAUAAUCCUCUGCCCCUGCACUGUCCAGCAAUGUUGGGGUGCCAUAGGAUUGCACACUUAAUAUAUUGCUUGUAGGCUAAACAUAGUUUUAACCAGUUUUAAAAUACCUUUCUCAUGAAAGUGUAAUGAUCGUCCAGCACCAUUUGAAAAAUGUAAUUUUCUGAGCAAUUAUUUCUAUCUUAAGGUAUAGAAACUAGAUCCUAAAUGUAAUUGAAAGUAAGUUGUUUAUAGAGAACUAUUGCUAAGUAUGCUUGGGACUGCGGCCUUCAUUCCAGUCUCUGUGAUUAAAUAGAUUAUAUCCCAUGAAGUUUAAUAGGUCCAAGAAUUUUGCUUACAAUUGAAGUUUUUAUUAUAUGCUUAAAUAUAGCCAGUGUCUAUGUGUGAGAACCUGUAAACUUUCAAAUAUAAUGUAUGUUAACUUGAAGCUGGCUGCAAAUAAUGUAUCACACAUCAUUGUUUUACAAGUCCAGUAUAGCAGCAUUACUGUUCUUCUUGUUCCCCCUUUCCAGCAUCAUCUUAGAAAACAGAUCCCUUCUGUCCAAACCUGUCCCUAGGUGGAUUAUCAGUCCUACUCUACAGCAUAAUCAUUUUUGUCAUU